AGCUGCCGACUUGGAAGUUCCGGGAGGAGAGCGCCUGCGCCAGUGUACGCGUUGCCGGCGAAGAGGGGAGCUUGGCGACUCGGAAAUUUGAAUAGCACAGUGGCAUGGAGUGUGACCUCAUGGAGACUGACAUCUUGGAGUCGUUGGAAGAUCUCGGUUACAAAGGCCCGUUGUUGAAUGAUGGCGCACUGUCUCAGGCAGUCUCUGAAGGAGCCAGUUCCCCUGAGUUCACCAAACUCUGUGCUUGGCUGGUGUCUGAAUUAAGAGUACUCUGUAAACUGGAAGAAAAUGUGCAAGCAACGAACAGUCCAAGUGAAGCUGAAGAAUUCCAGCUUGAGGUGAGUGGGCUCCUAGGGGAGAUGAACUGCCCGUAUCUGUCACUGACAUCUGGGGAUGUGACCAAGCGCCUUCUCAUUCAGAAGAACUGCCUCCUUUUGCUCACAUACCUCAUCUCAGAACUAGAAGCUGCCAGAAUGCUCUGUGUGAAUGCUCCUCCAAAAAAAGCUCAAGAAGGAGGCGGUAGUGAGGUCUUUCAAGAGUUGAAAGGCAUUUGUAUUGCUCUAGGAAUGUCCAAACCUCCAGCCAGUAUAACUAUGUUCCAAUUCUUCAGCGGGAUUGAAAAAAAAUUAAAGGAAACCUUAGCAAAAGUUCCACCUAAUCAUGUGGGAAAGCCUUUAUUGAAGAAGCCAAUGGGACCAGCCCACUGGGAAAAGAUAGAAGCAAUCAACCAAGCCAUAGCCAAUGAAUAUGAAGUCCGGAGAAAGCUGCUAAUAAAACGCUUGGAUGUCACUGUGCAGUCCUUUGGCUGGUCUGACAGAGCUAAGAGUCAGACAGAAAAAUUAGCGAAAGUUUACCAGCCAAAGCGCUCAGCAUUAUCUCCUAAAAGCACUGUUUCUGUUGCCCAUCUUCUGGCUGCAAGACAAGACUUGUCAAAGAUUUUAAGGACAAGUAGUGGGUCUAUAAGAGAAAAGACUGCCUGUGCCAUCAAUAAGGUGUUGAUGGGCAGAGUGCCUGACAGAGGUGGUAGACCCAAUGAAAUUGAACCUCCACCCCCAGAGAUGCCACCAUGGCAGAAAAGGCAAGAUGGCCCCCAGCAUCAAACGGGAGGCCGAGGAGGAGGGAGAGGUGGUUAUGAACAUUCCUCAUAUGGAGGACGAGGAGGUCAUGAACAAGGAGGAGGGAGAGGUGGACGUGGUGGCUUUGACCACGGUGGCCGAGGGGGAGGAAGAGGAAGUAAACACCAAGGAGGCUGGACAGAUGGAGGGAGUGGAGGAGGUGGCUACCAAGAUGGUGGUUAUCGAGAUUCAGGUUUCCAGGCUGGUGGCUACCAUGGUGGCCACAGCAGUGGCUAUCAAGGUGGAGGCGGUGGUUAUGGGGGCUUCCAGACAUCUUCAUACACAGGAAGCGGAUACCAGGGUGGUGGAUACCAGCAGGACAAUAGAUACCAAGAUGGUGGGCACCACAGCGAUCGAGGCGGUGGUCGUGGUGGGAGAGGUGGCCGAGGAGGAGGCCGGGGUGGGCGUGGAGGCCAGGGAGGAGGAUGGGGAGGCAGAGGGAGCCAGACGUACCACCAAGGGGGGCAGUUUGAGCAGCACUUCCAGCAUGGAGGCUACCAGUACAGUCAUUCUGGUUUUGGGCAGGGAAGACACUACACUAGUUGAGGCUGCAGCACCUUACAUUUUGCUAGAGCUCAAGUAAUAGAAACUUAGUUUUGGAGUCCUGGAUCCAGCACCCCAUUUGAGUUCACAUGAGGCCCCCAGUGGCAGGCAGAUUCCUACUUGCCAUAAGUACUUGUGGGUCUUCAUUCGAUUCUGUUGGUUUGGUUUUUUUUUUUUUGUUUUGACUUAAUGUUGUUUGAAAAACACGUCUCUCCUUUCUAUGAAAAAGAAUUUUUUAAAGGUUAUUAAAAUUGCCUUUAAUUGACCAGUAGACUAAUUCCACAGUCAGAACAUGCUGCAUACUCUUGAAGAAAGUACUUGACUAAAGUAAUCUUCGUGUUUUCAAUAUGCGGUUUUGAAGAUGAGGAUUCACCUAGGCUUUUUUAGAUUUGCUGCUAGGAACCUUCCUCAUACUUCACAGUCCACUUCUAUGUGUUCUGCGUCAGAUGUUCUCAUGUCUGUUUUGCAAGCACAGUUCUGCCCUGGGUUGGCGUUUUAUUAUUCCAAGAGGUUGUGCCACAUUUGUUCCCUGGUAGACCUGUUAGGUCCGUUCCUAUUAAAUGAGCUCCUCUGCAGAUAGCACAUUGAGUAGCCUUAUUCUGUUGAUGGAAUAAUGUACCAUAUGCUCAACUCUGAAAAUUUUGAGCAUGACCAAAAUCCAUAAAGACUAUAAAAGCAAAACCAAUUGUGAACCUAUAGUACAUAUAGGCAUUUAAUUAAGUGUAGCAACUCAAACUGACCUGCAUCCAUACAAGUUUCUCCUUCAACCUUAUUUUUACUUGAAAUCUGCUAGAAAAAUUGGCAAACCAAAAUUUGUUUUAUGCACGAGUUAAUACCACUGGCUCAGCAAAUACAAGUUAGUUUGCUUUAGGCAGGACACUUUUUUUUCUUUUGUAAUGGAAGAAAUGCACUACAAACAAAGUAAGCUAGAGUUUUGCUUAGUGCAGGAGGCCCUUUAUUAUUGCUGCAGAAAACAAAAGCCUGGCUGAGUCCAUGUUUCCCAUUCUCCUUUACUGACAUCUACCUGACAGGAUGCUUCUUGCUGGGUUUUUGUAUACUUAAACAUUGUCAAGCUGUGAAAGAAAAAUGGCGGGAGAUGUGCUUUGUGUGAAAGGUGAGCAAUAAAGUAUCUGUAUGUUC